AUGGCUGUCCCUAUUUGGUUCACCUGGGUCCUCGUGGCUGUCGUCGGCUACCUCGUCUACAUAAAGUCAACGAGCAAGGACAAGACCAGGCUCCCGCCCGGGCCGAAGCCGCUGCCUGUGCUAGGGAACCUCAAUGACUUCCCGCCGCCCGGAAGGCUCGAGUACCAGCACUGGCUGGAGCACAAGGAUGUUCACGGACCCAUUAGUUCCGUCACCGUCAUGGGCAUGACGCUCGUCAUCAUCCACGACAAAAAGGCCGCCCACGAACUGCUCGACCAGCUGGCGUCCAAGACGUCGGGACGGCCCACCAUGGUCAUGGCCAACCAGCUGUGCGGCUAUGAGGCCAUUGUCGUCUGCCAGGGCUACAAUUCCACGUUCCGCCGCUACCGCAAGUACCUGCAUCGCGAGAUCGGCACCAAGGCUUCGGCGACGCAGUUCCAGGACGUCCAGGAGGUCGAGGUCGGCCGCCAGCUCGUGCGCGCGCUCAAACACCCGGAGCAGUGGAAGUCGCAUCUAAAGACUACCGCCGCCGCCACCGUCCUCAAAAUGGCCUACGGAUAUACCAUCGAGCCUACCAAGCCCGACAUGCUGGUCGACCUGAUUGACCAGAUGAUGACCGAGUUCUCCCUUGCCGCCGUUCCCAUGGCCUGGGCAGUCGACAUCAUUCCCGCCCUGCGCUACUUGCCCGAGGGCAUUCCCGGUGUCAGGUUCAAGGAGACGGCGCGCCGGUGGAAAAGGUCUGUCCACGCAUCCGGCUACAUCCCCUACAGCUUCGUCCGUCGCCAGAUGGCCAGCCUCACCUCGUGGCCGUGCUACGUGUCCAAGCUCGUGCAGCAGCUCACGCACGAGAGCGCCGAUGGCAAGCUAAGCGACGAGGAUGAGCAUGCUAUUAUCUGGACCGCCGCCAGUUUGUACGGCGCCGCCGCCGACAUCACCGUCAUCACGCUCACGGCUUUUACCGCCGCCAUGAUCAUGUUCCCCGAGGUGCAGAAGAAGGCUCACGACGAGAUUGACCGCGUCGUCGGCUCGGAGCGGCUGCCAACCUUUGCCGACCGCAAGAGCCUGCCUUACAUUGACGCGCUGGUCAAGGAGGCCUCUCGCUGGUGGCCCAUCUCGCCCAUGGGCUUUCCCCAUACGGCAACCGAGGACAUCGAGUACAAGGGCAUGCGUAUCCCAAAAGGCUCGCUCCUCCUGCCCGCCGUCUGGUGGUUCCUGCAUGACCCCGAGGUCUACGCCGACCCGGAGCGCUUUGACCCGGACCGGUUCCUCCCGCCGCGCAUGGAGCCCGACCCGCGUACCGAGGCCUUUGGCUAUGGCCGCCGCAUCUGCCCCGGUCGCUUCUUUGCCGACUCGAGCCUGUUCCUUAAUAUAGCCCAAACGCUCGCCACCUUCAGCCUUACCAACAAGGUGGGAAAGGACGGCAAGGAGAUUGACGUCAACGUCGAGGCAAAGCCCGGCCUGCUGACGUACCCUGCCGAGUUUGAGUUUCAAAUUUCCCCAAGAAGCGCCAAGCACGUCACCCUCAUUGAGCAGUUCGAGCGCAAGCAUGCUUGGGAGGCUGGCGAUGCAGAUCUCCUUGACAACUUGGAGGACUUUACGGUGAGGAAUUAG